ACCGACCGAGAGUUCCAGACCCAACAUCAGUCGAUCCGUUUCUCCCACACGGUGUAGUAGCUGCCUACCAGUCGAAUCAGUGAACUUGAUUCGAUUUUCCGUUUUGGCCUUCUAAUAGAUACCCAGCAGUGACUUUUGCCUAUAGAUUUCUCGUUGGCUUCUAAUGUCCAACUUAUGCAAUUCGCUGUUGCGUGAGUGCUGCUGUGCCCUGUGCUGUGCGGAACGCCGACAAUAGGCACGCCGAUCGGAUUUUUUCGCCGACCGCUGAUUAGAUACACCGGCCCUUCCAUUUCCUAUACUCGGCGAAACUUAAUUAAGGAGGUGCCAGAGACGACAAGAUGAUGGCUACAGCGGCUGUCAAACGGGCUUGGCUCAAUGCGAACCAUCACCACCACCAGCAAUUGAUCAAUGUUAGCAGCUUGGAUGGAGACUCGAGACCUUACUGGCAGCAGCAGCCACCGCAGCAGUGGACCCCACCGCCAGAUCCUCAUUAUCGGCCCGUCAAUGCGGCUUAUUCUCGACACCAUUCUCCAUCGCCCGGCGUCGGGUCUGUCGAGGUCUGCGAACAAGGCCACAACGCCCUAAAAGUCCGGACGGCCGAUUGUGGUCCGCAUCUCGUCAGUUUAGGCAGCGGUCGGCUCAGCACCAACAUCACCCUCAUUCACUUGCCAGAAGGUCGGAUUCUGAUGGGCUGCGGUGGGAGCUACGUCCAGCGCCAACCGGACGUUCACGUCCAAGGGACUGGCGUCGAACCAAUUCACUGCUACAUCGAAAACAUCAACGGUACCGUCAGUCUCUAUCCGCUUGGCGAGAUGACUUCUGUGGACGGACUGCCCGUCGCUACGCCUAUUCGUCUAACUCAAGGGUCUAUGAUUUGUGUCGGGAGAUCGAAUUAUUUUCGCUUCAAUCAUCCGGAAGAGGCCGAACGGAUGAAGACGAUCCUGCCGAACGCGCGGAUUUCAUCCGUGCCCAUGAAUUUCGCCAAUGCUUCGUCAAUUUCUGGCAUCACUAGUGCGCCAUCAGCAGCUUCCCCUGAGCCUCCGGGCAUGGACAACCCGGAGUAUUUCCACAUGCCUGGCUUGAAUGGCCAUCACCAUCCGCACAGUAAUGGCAAUAGCGCUUUCCAGCCGGUGCGCAGCAGUAGUCCACAAUACAUCGGCGAGUACCUGCAUCCGCGGAUGUUGUCGCAUUUCGAUCACGACGACGACGACGACUACGAAGUGUCUGUCCCAACCUCGCCGAAGCAGCAGUCCAGGUGGCAUUCCGCCUCGCCUAAAGUCUUCCUGCCCAAUUCGUCGACCGUCUCAUUACCGGCGAGUGCCGUUCUGGGCCUGCGCGGCCGCUCUGCUACACCGACGGCCGUCCCUACGUACAACCCGACAUCUGCAGAGGCUCACAGUGCACACAAGAGGUCGCAUUCCGUCGGUGCCAGUCACAGUUUAAACUUGCAGCAGCAGCAGCAGCAACAACAACAACAGCCCAAGCCAAUUUUGAGGCAAGAACGAAGUCUCGAAGCUCUGGCCGCCUGCGAAGAGCAACUGGAGGAACGUCGCCGCAAGGCUCAAGAAGAUCGUGUGAAAGAACAAGAGCAAGAAAGGGAGGAACGCGCUCGGCUUGACGAGAUUUUACAAAUGUGCGCCGAGUACCAAAGGCAAAUCGAUGAUGAGCAGCGACAUUCCCGCGACGCCUUCACCCUUUCCGACACUCGGCCCGACAGUCCCUCCUACAGCAAACAGCUGAGCCAUUCGGCAGCGUCCGGAAAACCUCCGCCAUCACCUGGUCAUAGUCUCCACCCAAACAGGAUUAAGACUAACGGUUCACUGCCACGUAAUGAAACGAGACGAUCGGUUCAGUCGCCCAAUGGCACCACCUCAGCCGGACGCAAUUUAAACACAUCCGAAGACGAAUUGAGUGGCAUUUUUACUUUUGACCCCACACCGAAUUCUGUGCCAGCCAGUCCAUCUCUUUCGAACCAUCAACAACAGACGGUGGCGGCUGAUCUGGCGGUCAGCUGCAAGAGUCCGUACGAAAACGUCUGUAUGCCGCAGAGUCCGCGAACGCGCAUCCGCACAACAGUUGGCAAGAAUAAAGAAGAUAGUCCCGAAAGCCUGUCAACCAACCAGCAUACUUACCAGCUCAUCACCUCCGGUGUUGCGGCCGAGGUGGCCAAGAGGGAAGCUGGUCGCUUGGAGAAAGAAUGCCAGCAAAUCAUGUGCAUCAUUUCGGCUUUGAAAAAUCACGUCACGGACGUCGAGCAUCAAAUUGACGAAGCCAUUCGAGAGGCCGAAAUGGAGCGCGCCCUGCUGCAAGGAGAGUUGACGGCGCAACUGGAAAAGAUUCUACAGGACGAGAAAUGGAUUGAACAGCUGGAACAGAAGGACCAAAAGUUGGCUGCCGAAUUGGAUGAGUUCAGAUUCGAGGAAGGCGCCAAAAUCCAAACUUCCAAAUCCAAAAUGGAAGCCAUUGAGCUAGAAUUAAACCAAUUGGAAGAGGAAUGUGAUGCAUUCAGCGGGUCAACGGACGAAGAGACGGCUUUGUUGGAAAAAAUAAAAUUCCAACACGAGCUACUUGACACGGAGCGGAAGUCGUUCGAGGAUCUAGAAUUCCGAUUGAUGGAAGGCGUGGCUCAUCGGGAAGCUGAACGCGAAGAAUUGCACAAAGAAAUGGCCGGCGUUGAACUGCGUCUGCUUCAACGACGACAGCAGCUAAGGGAAGUGGAGCAGCAGCAACGACAGGCGUCGGACUCGGCCCGGAGCGAAGCACAAGAGUUAGCCAAUAAGCGGAAAGAAUUGUUUCAACAAAUUGAAGAGGAAAAAUCAAAAUUAGUAGCGUUGCAAAGUAAGCUGGAACAGCUGUUUAGAGCCGGACUGGCCGGUGGGCAUUACGACAAUGGAGCCGAAGCUUCGUCUGACACUGAAGAGAGUGUGACGGAUAUCGAGCAAAGGCUACAAGAACUACGGCAAAUGGGUCACUCUCAAGAGGAUUUGGAUCGAAUCGAACGAAUUGCUAGCCAGAACCGGGCGCUGAACAGCACAGACGAUCAGAGCCGCAAGGCAACGGCGACAUUGAUGGAGAUUGAACGUAAUCGUCAACUGAUCCUUGUCCAGCAAGGCGCCCAAGUGCUGGAAUACGAACGAAAGAAAGUAGCCGAGCUUAAACGACGCGUUCAAGACCAGGUGCGAGCCCAGUGGGAAGAAAGGAGAUCAAUGGAGCAGCAACAGCAGCCGGUCGAUCGAGAAGUCAACUGCCACAGUCUGAACAGUGUUGGAAGUAGUGAAGAAUCUCGUUCAAGUUUGACGGGAAGCGACGCUCCCACCGAGAGCGAUGACGUUCCAGCUAAACCGGGCGGUCCUGAUCGUGGCAGCAACGGCAGCACUGCGUCGGCACCGAGCGCUUCCAUCACCAGCAUCUUGGAGGUCAAGGUACGACAACACGACUUCCAUCAGCCAUUGGAAGAUUGCCGGCCAUUGUCAGAAGCAUCUUCUUUUGGCGGUGAGGAACUACCCGGCGAAGUCCGUUUGAGGGACAAACAAAGGGCACAACAAGUCCAACAACAACAACAACAACAGCGGCCACUAACGCGUUAUCUGCCGGUCCGCGGGGAUGGUUUUGACCUACGCCAGCAUGUCGAAACGGCAGGGCACCAGGUGGAACUCUGUCCGCACGUCACUCUUACCUCGACUUCAGCCCGUGGUUACCUGCACAAAAUGGGCUCACGUUUCAAGACGUGGAACAAACGCUGGUUUGUCUUCGACCGGACGCAGCGCACUUUUCUCUAUUUUACCGACAAGAGCGAGACGCGCAAGCGUAGUGGCGCCUACUUCCAGGCAAUCGAAGAAGUUUACGUCGACCACUUACAAUCGGUACGUUCGCCCAAUCCCAAAUUGACGUUUUGCGUCAAAACGCGCGAAAGGACCUAUCAUUUAAUGGCUCCGAGUGCUGAGGCCAUGCGCAUCUGGGUUGAUGUCAUCUUCACCGGAGCUGAAGGCUAUCAGCAGUUUCACGUCUGAGGUCGUUUUUCCGAUGACAACCAUUUUUGUUGGAGCAAAGUAAAACACAAAACAAUGGAAACAUUGAUGAUGAAAUUACGUCGAAGCCAAUAGUUGUAUAAAAGUAUUCAUUUUAUGAAGAAGACGAAAAUCAACCACACAUGUUCCUA